GAGUGCGGCUGCGCGGCCAUGGCGGCGGCCUGUGCGGAGAUGGAGCCGGCGGCGGCGCCUCCUUCUUCUCCUCCUGCUCCCGUCGCCGCCUCGCCGGGAUCGGCCGGGUUGGUGUGCGCGCAGGGCCGGAACCUGAAGGCGGUGCUGUGCCAGCGCUGCGGCUCCCGGGUGCUGCUGCCCGGUGCCGCCACCUUCGCCCGCCGUGAGCUGCUGCUGCCCGCCAUGAGGAAGAAGGCGACGGCGGACGGGGACGGGGAUGGCGACGGCGACGUGCUGCAGGAGCACUGGCUGGUGCGCGACAUGUUCUCCUUCGAGAACGUGGGCUUCACCCGCGACGUGGGCAACGUCAAGUUCCUGGUGUGCGCCGACUGCGAGGCCGGGCCCAUCGGCUGGCACUGCCUGGACGACAAGGACAGCUUCUACGUGGCGCUGGAGCGCGUGGCCCACGAGUGACGCUGGCGCGGGGCUGGGCCGGGGGGCAGCGCCGGGUGCACCCCCCGCCGGGCGGCCCCACGGACCGAUGCGAUGCCCCAACGCCGCGCUGCACCCCUCAGCCACCGCCCGACCGCGGGACGCAGCGCGGCACAGCCGGAUCUGCAGCGCGGCACAGCCGGAUCUGCAGCGCGGCACAGCCGGAUCUGCAGCGCGGCACAGCCGGAUCUGCAGCGCGGCACAGCCGGAUCUGCAGCGCGGCACAGCCGGAUCUGCAGCGCGGCACAGCCGGAUCUGCAGCGCAGCCCGCGCGGGAGCGGCAUCGCGGGUGGCGGAGCUGCAGAGCGGCACAGCGGGGUGGCUUUGCGGGCGGCGCGGUGUCCGCGUGCUGGGAGCGGCCCCGGGCCCUCACGGCUGCUCUGUCGCUGCUCCUCGCGUCGCCGCUGCGUGCUGCGGUGUCCCCUGGUGACCGGUUGGCGGUGCAGUCCCAGCAGUGCACGCUGGCACGGAGCAGGAGGAGGACGGGACUGCUGUGCUGAUCCUUGAAGCGUCUGACCCACGGCCGGGGCGGCUGCGGGGUGUAAGGCUGCGUCCUCUAUCGAUGUUCAGAUGUUCCCUGCCCAGACCUUAACGUUUAGGUUCUCUAAAAUCCCAUCCUAUUUGACAGCUGUAACCUGUAAGAAUACGUGGUACCUAAAGUGUGUGUAAGGCAUUUUAACCGAUGUGGUUUUAUUAACUUGGAAAUAAAACGAGAUACAGAUACAGCUUCCAGGCA